CAUUAAAAAUUUCACAUCUUUGCAAUAAGCAAAGGGAACCGAAGAGUGAAAAUAUGAGAAGAGCAGCAGUCUCACAUCACCUAAGCUCACUCUCUUCUUCUCAGUCUCAUCACCUCAACGUUCCUGUUUGUUUUACCACCAACAUCUCCCACACUCAAACCCCAAAGCAAUCCCUUCUUGACCUCAUCAAAUCAUGCACCAGAAGAUCCCAUUUGCUCCAAAUCCACGCCCACAUCGUCCGAACAUCACUUGUUCUGGAACCCACCAUUUGCCUCCAGUUCUUGUCCCUCGUUGCACUUUCACCACUGAAGAGCAUCUCCUAUUCCCGCCGAUUCUUCGAUCAGAUAGCAAAGCCGACUUCAUUUCAGUACAACACCAUGGUAAGAGCUUACUCAAUCAGUGAUUCACCAGAGGAGGGGUUUUCUAUGUACCGAGAUUUGCUACGGCGGGGCCUCCGUGCCGACGCCUUGGCAUCGUCUUUUGUGAUCAAAUCUUGCAUUAGAGUUUCGUCGUUGCUAGGAGCGAUUCAGGUGCAUGCUAGGAUUUUGAGAGAUGGCCAUGAAUCCGACAGUCGUUUGCUCACUACUUUGAUGGACUUGUAUUCAAUUUGUGGCAAGUGUGAUGAAGCAUGCAAGUUGUUCGAUGAGAUGCCUAAGAGAGAUGUUGUUGCUUGGAACGUGUUGAUUUCUUGUUGUUUACAUAAUAACCGGACGAGGGAUGCUGUGAGCUUGUUCGAUAUAAUGCAGAGUGAAACUCAUAGAUGUGAACCUGACGAAGUUACGUGUUUACUUAUGCUCCAAGCUUGUUCCAACUUGAACGCGUUGGAGUUCGGCGAACGGGUUCAUAAGUACAUUGAAGAACAUGGUUAUGAUGGUGCUUCAAAUCUGUGUAACUCUCUAAUAGCGAUGUAUUCACGGUGUGGGUGUUUGGAUAAGGCUUAUGAGGUGUUUAAGGGAAUGAAGGAUAAAAAUGUGGUUUCGUGGAGUGCAAUGAUUUCUGGUUUGGCAGUGAAUGGGUAUGGUAGAGAAGCUAUUGAAGCAUUCGGAGAGAUGCAGAAAAUGGGUGUUUUACCAGAUUAUCAGACUUUUACUGGAGUUCUUUGUGCUUGCAGUCAUUGCGGUUUGGUUGAUGAAGGAAUGGUGUUUUUUGAUCGUAUGAGCAAAGAGUUUGGGGUAGUGCCUAAUGUCCAUCACUAUGGAUGCAUGGUUGAUCUUUUGGGUCGUGCUGGUCGACUUGAUCAGGCCUAUCAGCUCAUACUGUCAAUGGAUAUCAAACCGGAUUCGACAAUAUGGAGGACCUUACUUGGGGGUUGCAGAAUUCAUGGCCAUGAUGCCCUUGCGGAAAGUGUUAUAGGUCAUUUGAUCGAACUCAAGGCUCAAGAGGCAGGGGAUUAUGUUCUGUUGAUGAAUAUUUACUCUUCAGCUGGGAACUGGGAGAAGCUAACAGAAGUGAGGAAAUUUAUGAAGGAAAAAGCAAUUCAAACUACACCUGGCUGUAGCACAAUUGAAUUGAAAGGAGUAGCACACGAGUUUGUUGUGGAUGAUGUUUCACACCCAAGGAAGGAUGAAAUCUACAAGAUGCUGGAUGAGAUUAAUAGCCAGCUGAAGAUUGCUGGUUAUGUUGCAGAUGUAUCAUCUGAAUUGCACAACUUGGGGACAGAAGAAAAGGGGCAUGCACUCUCCUGUCACAGCGAGAAAUUAGCUAUUGCUUUCGGUGUCCUAGCAACUCCACCUGGCACGCCAAUCAGAGUGGCCAAGAAUCUUCGGAUAUGUGUUGAUUGCCAUAAUUUUGCUAUGGCUCUCUCAGGGGUUUAUAACAGAGAGGUAAUUUUACGGGACCGCACCCGGUUUCAUCAUUUCCGGGAGGGACGCUGCUCGUGCAAUGGCUAUUGGUAGCAAUAUUCAAUAUCUACAUCAUGUGAGCCAACUGGGAACAUUUUCUGCAAAUGAAAUUCCUGGGCAGAAGCAACACUGUGGGUUGUUUAGAUGGUAGUAGAUAAUUCUAGUGAAGUAAUUAUUAGUGCCCUGGCAGUGGCCAUCCUUUGGUUUGAAAGAGAAAAUGUGGAAGGAAAGAUGUGAAAAGGCAGUUGUAGCAGCAAUCUGUUUGGCUGAUUGAGCACUGGUGCAGUUACUUGGUGUGCAGGGCAGGCAGCCACCUUAAGAGAUGAACAAAAGAGGAUACUAAAAAGCUACGGUUCAGAUAAGCUUUGUAAAGGAAAAAGAUGAUCCUUGGUGCGCAAGCAAGCCAUUAAUCAUCUCUAUAAUUUAAAGAAACAAAAACAAGGAUACAGAAUUUGGAACUUGAAUUAGAGGAAUUAGUGAUGAAGAAAUCAGUGCCACUGCAAGUGUGUUUCACUUUCACGAGGGUUCUGAAAGCAAUGGCUCCUCCUACUCCUACAAUUCCAACUUCAACAACUCUUGUUACCUGUCCUCCUUAACUGCUCUCAAGAAGAUGAAUGGCUUCCAGCUCCAACGGUUAGGACAUGGCCAAGAAGAUCUCCAUCUCCCCUACUUCCUCCUCCUCCCUCUAUUCCUUUGGUGAUUCCUGCCUUGAUCUGUUUUUCCAUGUGAAACCACUACGUCACCUACUCGAAGACAACACCAUCCAGCAGCAGGCUGAUUAUAAUCAUUUUCCCCUUAACUAUCUGAAGCAACAGCUGCCUGUGGCCUGGUCCCACCCUCAAGCUCAUCUUCAAUAACCACCCCAAGACUCUAUUAUUCAACCUCCCUUCCCUUACCAGUUAGUUUUGGGGUUUGUAAGACCUUCUCAACAUUUUCUACCGGGUUCUAAAACAAGGCCAAGGCGCUGCGGAGAGGCUCUCCACCAUGACCCGGACUAUAAGUUGUUACACGACCAGGUUAUGGAUCUCUUGGCGGAGGGGUUGAAGUCUGAUAUGGACUUAUUGAAACCGCAGCACAAGCUGGAACUGAAGCCAGACGAAGAUGGCAACGAACUUGAUGCUGAUCUUUUGGUACCUGGGGCUG